AUAAAUUCUAAAUAAAUGACCAAGCCCAUCCCAAUGGCCUUACUCUAGAACAAAAUAGGCUCUUAACCUUAUCAUGAGGUAAAAAAGUUAAAUCUUUGGGGAAUAGAUUGUGAGGAUGCUCCUUCUCUCACUAUGUUCCCAAACCUUCAAAUUCUCUAAUUAUCAAGAAAUUAGAUUAGAACUUUGAAACAUAUAAGCAAAUUAAAAUAAUUAAAAGAACUUUAUCUUGAAAAAAAUAAUAUCAAAGAUAUUAAAGAACUAGAGUAUUUAAAAGAAUUAUAUAAUCUACGAGUUUUAAGUUUGAUAGGUUUAUAAUCCAUGAUAUAUAUUAGAAAAUCCUGUUGUGAAGCAUCCUGAAUAUAAAAAAGUAGCUUUAAAGCAUUGUUUAGCAUUACAAGUGCUAGAUGAUUUCAAAAUAAUGGAACAAGAUCGUUAAUUUUUAAAAGAGCAAGAAUUAUCUGUUUAGGAUUAAUAAUAGAAUCUGGAUGCUAAUUCAAAUUAGAUGGAUACAAACGAAAAUCAGAAUGAAAAGCAGGUUAUUGUUUCAAAAAAGAAAGUUAAAGGAAACAAAAAGUUGAAAGUAGAACCUAAAUCUUCUUAAUCAUCUAAUCAAUCAACAUACAGUUCAAAUAAUAGAUUCGAUAUCCAUUCCGAAAAGAUUUAAAAUGCUAAAAAUGAUGAUAAAGUUUAUUAAUUUACUUCGAAAACCUCUCCCUAAUCUAAGAAAAAGUCGUAAAAGUACUCCACAAAAACUAAAGCCAAAUUGAUAAAAAAACAAACUGAACCUUAACCCCAAUUUAUUGAUUCUGUAUCAGAUUCAUAUUGUUCUUAAUCCAAAUAAAUCAAACAUAAAAGGAGUACUCUGAAAAAAUUAAAAAAGCUAUCGGAUAUAAUUGAGUAGAAUAGCUAGCCGGAAUAAUCAAAUCAAAAUGUAGAGGAACAAGAUAAGGAUCCUCAAGAAUUUCAGAAAUCAAUUAGUAAAGAUAGCAGUGAGGAGGACGAAGAAAACCAAAUAGAUAGUAGAGAUGAAAAACUCAGACCGGAUUUGCUUUUAGUUAUAUAAAGCUUAAUACAAUUUAUUGAUAAACCAGCUUUGUAAUGCUUAUAUACGAUAUUGUGUGAGAAAGAUAAAUGA